GGAUAACAGCAAAGUUUUCCUACAAUAUUCCCCAAUGAUCGUCGCAAGGCGAAAUGCGAACCUCACAUCGCCGCUAGAUGGGUACCGAGAGAACAGCAGAUUUUUAACCAAAAGCAGAACAACGUCGGCUAAGUACCCAGGGUAUAGCAGGCAAUCGGCCAGAGCUCAAACAUUUGCUUCAUGGCCGCUGAAAGAACAAGCCCGAAAAUUGUCUGAAGCAGGAUUCUUUUCUGCACAGUUUGAUGAUUUAGUUCGCUGUUUUCAAUGUGGGGUAGGUUUGCGGAAUUGGGACCCCGAGGACGAGCCGUGGGUGGAGCAUGCUCGCUGGAUGCCCCUAUGUCCGUUUGUCGUUGCCAAUAACUCUGUGGAGUUUAUUGAACGUGUCCAGGAAGCUGUCCGUCAAAACGAGAGCAAUGCUGUAAAUGCCACCAUUGACCUGUCGGCAAAAGAUGACAGUGAGCAGGAUUGUCCUCCAACAAACGCAAAGAAAGCACAUGAAGAAUACGAAUACCCAGAAUCCACUUAUGAGAAAAAUCCCCUGUUGACCAAUGCGGCCCAGAGCGUGUUGGAGUUCGGGUAUCUCCCUAAAACCAUCAAAGAGGCCAUAAACAACAUCAUUGGAAAUAUUGGAGGUUGGAAAAAUUUAACAGGAGCCUUAAUUAUGGAGGAGAUAUUUCGACUUGAAGACAAUGGAUAUUUGUUGUCUCAGAAACCUAUUACCGGGAAACAUCUGUCCAAUGAUGAAGUGAAGAAAGAAAACGAAUUAAUGAAGGAAGCGCAGAUGUGUAAAAUCUGUUGUGAGGAAAAGGUCUCUAUCGUUUUCUUACCAUGUGGUCACUUAGUGAGCUGUGCACAGUGUGCGCCUGCGCUGAAGAAAUGCCCAAUGUGUCGGAAACCCAUCAAGGGCUCCACAAAAGUCACUUUCGGAUCGUAAACUGACAUUUUGUUACAAAGAGUCAUGUGCCAGUUUUUUUUUUUUUUUCAUGAGAAUUAACUCAAUGCCAUUUGUAUACAUAAUUCAACAGCUAAACCCAAGGUGUGCCAAAUCAAAAGAUAAUUGCGAAGUAGUUACAUGUUUGUGUUUAUGAUGAGAAUUUGAUAAGUGAUAAAAUGUAAAAGCAUUGAAUAUACAUGUAAUUCAAGUGUUCUAGUCAAUUGCAAGUGACCUUUCAGUUACCUUUAAAAUGAUAAUAUUAUAUAAUACCAAUAUUUGUAUCAGUUGAUGUUAAAACUAUUUUGCAACACUAACAAACUAGUAACGAUCGUGUACUCAGUGCUUGUGUAAUGAAAAUAGUAUAGAAUGUUGAAUUAAAAAUAUAAAUUCUU